AUGACACACCUCAGCCCAGACCCAGAGAAGGACAUUGGCCAGAGCAAGGAUGUCACAACAUGCCUCGAGAACAUCUCUGCGGAUGAAGCCCUCGCCCAAUAUUCAGAUGCGGAGAAAACCAAGGCAUUUCAAAAGCUGGACUGGAACUUGAUUCCUCUCCUCGGUGUUCUCUAUAUGCUCUCUUAUAUUGACAGGGGCAACGUUGGAAACGCCUAUACGGCCGGUAUGGGUGAAGAAUGGGGUAUUACGUCCAACCAGUACUCCUGGAUCAUUACUGCGUACUACUUGGCGUAUAUUGCCUUCCACUGGUUUAUCCUAUUGUGGAAACUUGUGUCUCUACCGUUGUGGGUUGCCUUAAUGGCGUUUGGAUGGGGCGUGGCGAGUAUUCUCCAGGCCGCAACUGUGAAUCUUGCGGGAAUAGUUGCACUGCGGUGUUUGAUUGGAAUGUUUGAAGCAGGCUUCGCUCCUGGGGUUGCUUUGUUCCUAUCGUUCUUCUACCGCCGAUCAGAAAUGGGCUUCCGCUACGGUCUUUUCAUCUCAUUUUCUCCAAUUGCCAAUUGCUUUGCAUCCGCACUGGCCUAUGGUAUUGUCCAAGCUAAGAGCUCUCUCGCUCAGUGGCAACUUUUAUUCAUCAUUGAGGGAAUUCCAACGAUUUUGAUCGCACCUCUGGCAUUCAUGUUUCUUCCCAAGGGACCUGGUGAAUGCAGGUUCCUCACCACGAGAGAGAAUGAGAUUGUGCGCCUUCGUGCCCUUUCCGCCCGGGGGCACGAGGAAAAGGGCAAGUUGAACAUGAAGCAGGUUUUUGCCGCCUUUUACGACUACAAAAAUUAUAUUCAGGCUGUCAUUAUUUUCUGUCUCAAUGCGGCCUUUGCUGCAUUGCCUGCCUUCUUGACCACUAUCAUCAAGGACAUCGGAUAUUCCUCGGUUCAAGCACAAGGUCUUUCCGCGCCGCCUUACCUUGCUUCGUAUUUUGUUUGCCUUGCGUCUUCUUUUCUAUCUGACAAAGUCAAAAAUCGCUCCUACUUCCUCAGUACACUGAGCACAAUAGGCGCUAUUGGAUACUUGAUCCAAGCCCUUGUCAAAACUGGUGCCGUGCGAUAUUUUGCCACCUACCUUAUUUGCGGCGGCGUGUUCCCUGCCGUGGCUCUCACCUUCACAUGGGUGACUGAUAACCAGGGUUCGGCCUCUAAGCGAGGAGCAGGAUUGAUCAUAUUUGGUAUGGUUGGGCAAACCGGCUCGAUUGCCGGGUCUCGAUUCUUCCCUAAAGAGGAGGGUCCGUUCUAUACCAAGGGAAUGGCCAUUAGCGCAGGGCUGUUGUUCUUCGCUGCCAUUCUCGCUCAAGUCUUGAGGAUACUGCUUUCUAUGGAGAACAAGAGGCGGGAUCGUAUUCAUGGCACUGCGCACAGCACGGAUAUGUCAAAUGAUGUAGCAAACGCAGGAGACUUACACCCUAGCUACCGGUUCAUGUUGUGA